GCGCGUGUCAGUAAGCUAUUAUAAGGGCAGCCCGGGGAGUGGAGCUUGGUUCAGUCUACAGUAUCUGGACCGGACCGAGGCGGGCAGAAAGCAUAUGUGUAAGGCGGAGGAGAUGGAGGACAAAGAGAAAAAGAAGAAGGAUAAAAACUCCUCCAAGAACGACAGAGUCACUCUGAAAAAGGAAAUUGGACUUUUGAGCGCUUGUGCUAUUAUCAUCGGAAACAUCAUUGGUUCUGGAAUAUUCAUCUCACCUAAAGGAGUGUUGGAGCAUGCAGGCUCUGUGGGGCUGUCACUUAUCGUCUGGGUUUGUGGGGGGGGGAUCUGUGCCCUUGGGUCCCUGUGCUACGCUGAACUGGGUGUCACCAUCCCAAAGUCUGGAGGAGACUAUUCAUACGUGACAGAAAUCUUUGGAGGGCUAGUGGGCUUCCUGUUGUUAUGGAGUGCCGUCCUCAUCAUGUAUCCGACCACGCUUGCUGUCAUCGCGCUCACCUUUUCCAAUUACGUCUUGCAGCCUGCCUUCCAGAACUGCCUGCCUCCGUUCAUCGCCACCAGACUCCUCGCCACCAUCUGUAUCUUGUUCCUGACCUGGGUGAACUGCUCAAGUGUGCGCUGGGCGACAAGGAUCCAGGAUGUUUUCACUGUAGGAAAACUCCUCGCUCUAGUACUCAUCAUAGUGGUAGGACUCGUCCAAAUCUGUAGAGGUCACUACGAUGCCCUACGGCCCAGUGUGGCGUUUGAAUUCAGUCAGGAUCCCUCUGUGGGACAGAUAGCGCUGGCCUUCCUUCAGGCCUCCUUCGCCUACAGCGGCUGGAAUUUCCUCAACUAUGUUACAGAGGAGAUUGUUGAGCCACGCAAGAACCUGCCCCGUGCCAUCUACAUUUCCAUCCCACUGGUGACCCUUGUCUAUACUAUGACCAACAUUGCCUACUUUUCCUCCAUGACCCCUGAGGAGCUGCUGGCCUCCAAUGCUGUGGCAGUGACAUUUGGCGAAAAGCUGCUGGGGAUGUUUUCCUGGGUGAUGCCGAUCUCUGUAGCACUGUCCACCUUUGGAGGAAUCAAUGGAUAUCUGUUCACCUCCUCCAGAUUGUGUUUCUCUGGAGCCAGAGAGGGUCACCUGCCCUAUCUGCUGGCUAUGAUCCACUUAAAGAACUGCACUCCAAUCCCUGCCCUGCUGGUCUGCUGCAUGGCCACCAUAGUCAUCCUGUGCAUUGGAGAGACACACAACCUGAUCAACUAUGUGUCCUUUAUCAACUAUCUGUCCUAUGGGGUAACCAUUGCUGGCCUCCUCUACCUCCGCAAGAAGAGACCAAACCUGGUCAGACCCAUCAAGGUAAGCAUGUUGAUCCCCAUCACCUACUUGAUAUUCUGGGCUGUGCUGCUGGGCUUCAGUCUGUAUUCUGAACCGGUGGUUUGUGGCCUGGGAAUGGUCAUCAUGCUGACUGGAGUCCCUGUAUACUUUGUGGGUGUUCAGUGGAAGAACAAACCCAAAUGUGUAGACAUGCUAGUCGAAAGAGUCACGUACAUGGGCCAGAAGGUGUGUUAUGUGGUGUUUCCUCAGGAAGACCCUUCAGAGACUGAACCCCUCACUGCCUCCAAAGCCAUUGACUGAGCAGGGCAGUCAACCAGGAAUUCCCUUUUUACAUCAACACCUGCACUUCCAGUUUUUGCGCUACAAUGUGUCAUAUCGGUCAGUUUGUUGAUGGUGAAGAGAUGGUUUUGUCCACGUUCUUGCACAGGUGCAGCCUGAUUGGGGCUGUGAUGAAGCUCCAGUAUAAAAUAAGUGGGUGGUUAGGGCAUUAGCAUGUUAAACCCUAAAGCUGCGGAAUAUGUUUUUUAUUUGUUGGAUGGUACUGUUCCUCCAUUCUUUUUACCAGUAUGCCAAGUUUCCUCGUUCAUACAGAUCUUUAUCUUAUCUUCUCCGUUCUACUUCAUCUGUCAUCUUAUGCUUCACUUCCAGGAUAUUCUUCUUUUACGACUUUAACAAAAUCCUUGAGCUAAUGUGCCUUAUGAAAUGUAUAUAUAUUUGUUUAGUGUAUUGGUUUGUGCGGAUAUUUUGAUUGUGUAAUAACUUUUUUGAGGUAAAUAUGCAAGCAGUUUCUGCACUUAGCAAUACUUCUCUAUUACUGCUGCUACCUUCAGCUGUCUUUCACUAAUUAUUGUCAUGAUGUUCACUGUUUGUCAACUGUGGAUGAGGAUUUUUCUGUCUGUAUCUCUGCCUGGCUACAGAAUCUGGCCAUUCUUUUUACUUUACAAUUCUUUAUUAUAUCACUACUUUCUCCUGAAAGAGACUGUAUUCAUAUUAUUAUUAGAGAGAUUAUCUACCCCACACCCAUCGUUCCUAGCCACAUUUACGGCACAGGAGAGACAAGAGGAUGGAGGGAAGUUUGUGGCUGUCAGCUGGACGAAGGGCUGCCUCUCAGAAUAAAGCUGCAUCAUUACAACACGUCGACAGGCUGUUCUGCUUCGGAAAUAAUCUCAUUUUCGGGAAUACCACUGUGAACUCUUUCAAAGUGCCUGACCUGUCACGACAGUUGUUAGAUUCCAUAUUUUUUGACCUGAUGUUAUGAUACAGAAUCAGAAAAGGUUUAUAUUUAGGUUUAUACAGUGCUUACCAUUAACAUAUUGUCGGAUAACAUAACCAGAAUCCAUAUUGACAGAUAGAUGGGUGGCUGGCUGUGGAUGUUUACUUGUGCAUUGGCCUGCUUCCACUUCCCCAAAAGCACAUCAUUACUGCAAUUAGCCCCUGGCCCAGUGACUUACUUUCGUACUAUUGACAUAAUAUAGUUGAAUUGAUUAUAGUCCCAUUGGCCUACUGUGACCUUAUGGACUUUCUUGGAAGAUACUGACUUAUUACAGCCACACUAAAAUUUGCCACCAAAUGAUUAUGGUCAGAUUGAUGUCCGUACUAGACUUGUGGUACCACUACACAGUAUGCUAAUUUACUGUGCUCCAGGUGAUAUGGGUGUUUACAAGUAUUUAAGUAAUCUCUGAUAGCACUUGUCUAUCAGCUGUUUAUGUUGUACAUACAACAGAACAUGUGAAGGUUUGUGCCAGUGGACUUUUUAACAUGAUGUAAAUGUUGGACCUUGAAUUGAAUAUUCAGUCCUUUUCCAGGCCAGCAGAUGCUAGGAAUUUCCCCCUGCAUCAAAUCCACUAAAGAGACUCACACCUUUGAACAACAACAAUGUCUGUGUGCCAUGUCCAGGCGCUGUUAGCUCAGUUCAGAUCUGUAAAUACUUUGUAAAGAAGAAGAAAAAACUGUUACAAAUGCGCCAGGGACUCCUAUAAAGAUCACAUUCCUCAGACAUGUUGUGACACGCUGUGUGCACCUCUGUGUUUUGUAAAAGAGUGAAGUUGUACAAGAAUAACAAUGUAAUUACUUAUUAAAUAUAGCUACAUCUAA